CUGUGCUGCGAGUUCCUCCGUUCCAGACUGUGCUUUGAGAACUGCAUUGGCAUCUGCAGAUUCACCGACUAUUACUACUGCCCCGACCUGCGCGCAGCCGCCUGCGCGUACAUCCUGCAUCACUUCGAGGAGGUGUCCCAGGUGUCCGAGGAGUUCCUAGCCCUCUCUGCUGAGGAGCUGGCACAUAUCAUCGAGAAGGACGAGCUCAACGUGAGGUGAGAAGAAGCCAUGCUCGAGGCUGUGCUGAGGUGGAUCGCUCACGACCCGCAGAACAGGAGGCAGUACAUCGCCUGCUUGCUGGACAAGGUUCGACUGGCACUCCUACCGUCUGACUACUUCAUGAACAACGUCAAAGCUCACGAGUACGUGAAGGACAAUGCUGGGUGCAAAGAUCUCAUCAGUGCCCUGUCAGAAGUCUACGACCUGAACUCGGAUGGCCAGAGCUCCUCGGCCAACACCAACCCACUCUCCUGGCCGCGCCUGCCCUACGCCAUCCUCUUUGCCAUCGGGGGCUGGAGCGGGGGCAGCGCCACCAGCGCCAUCGAGACCUACGACGGCCGCACCGACAAGUGGCUGAACACCCCCUGGGAGCAAGAGAGCCCUGUUGCCUUCCACGGCUCAGUGUAUUUGAAAGGCUACAUCUACGUCAUCGUCGGAUUUGAUGGCACAGAUUAUUUAGACAUCAUUAAGCGGUUUGACCCACUCCAGAAGACGUGGCAGCAGGUGGCACCCAUGCAGUUGCGGCGCUGCUACAUCAGCGUCACCGUCGUGGACAACUUCAUCUACGCCAUGGGAGGGUUUGACGGGUCCAUAGAGCUCAACACAGCAGAGCGCUACGACCCAGACACCAACCAGGGAUGGAGUGACAGUCACUGGACUCCAGGGGUUGCCUCCCCAUCAGGGGCUUCAUUCGGGGGGGAAGCAGCAGCUGAAGCUCUUCCUGCAGUCGGGGCACUCGACGGCUUCUCUUACUGGUGA